AUGACUACGUACUUGAUUCACGUCGACGACCUUGCUUCACUUAAGGAUAAAACCAUUUUAAUCACUGGCGCAGCUACGGGAAUCGGACGGUCUGCUGUCCAGAUUGCGCUCGAGAACGGUGCAAGAGUGGCUGUGGGUGACUGGAAUGAGGAGGCAGCAGCGCUGAUUGCGCCCUUUGGAGAUCGGGCACUCUUCAAGAAAUGUGACGUUUCAAACUGGGACGACGUUUUGAGUCUGUUCGAAGAGGCGCACAGCAAGUUCGGAGUCCUUCACAGUGUCAUUUCCAACGCCGGCAUCAACACUCACGAAGGCCUUCUCUCGGAUGAGUUCGAUGAGAAGUCAGGAAAGCUAUUGGCCCCUAGCCUAACGUCGAUCGAUGUAAAUCUUGUCGGCCCCAUUUACGUGACCAAGUGUGCAAUUCACUUCUUUCGCAAAUGGCCCGACGUGGCCUCUCAGCUAGUCAUCAACUCUUCAGCUGGCGCCUUCUUCCCUGCACCGCCCAUCCAUCUCUACUGCGCGGCGAAAACUGGAUUGCUUGGCCUGAUGCGAGCACUCCGAACCGAGACUAGCAAGGAGAACAUUACCAUAAACACAGUAGCCCCAUGGCUAACCAUCACUCCGAUGGUUCUUCCUGACUGGCUGCAAAAAUGGGGACAUCUCCCAAGGAACUCGGCUACAGGCGUUGCCAAUGCGUUAUUCCUUCCAAUACUCCAGCCAAAGGUCAAUGGCAAGUCAUUUUUCGUGGCGGGAGACCAGAUCAUUGAUUUUGAGGACACGUUGUAUAACGCCGAACCACAAUGGAUGGGAGAACAGCUAAGCAGGGAUGUACGCGCCGGCCAGAAGCUCUUAUUGGGUGUCGAUUAG